GCUGUAGGAUGACGGCAAGCAUACAGUCUACUUCUUUUGACACAAAAGUACCAUUAUCCCGGCCUGACGUUGACAUGCCGCCUUCAAUUCUUGUUCUUGGUAUGGCAGGUUCAGGGAAGACAUCAUUUGUCCAGAGGCUCACUGCGUUGUUGCAUGCAAGGAAAAGGCCACCUUAUGUGAUAAAUCUUGAUCCAGCUACAGCAAAUGUACCAUAUCCGGUCAACAUCGAUAUAAGAGACACAGUAAAGUAUAAGCAGAUUAUGAAGGAUUACAGUCUCGGCCCAAACGGUGCUAUCAUCACGAGUUUGAAUUUGAUGUGCACAAGAUUCGACCAGGUACUGACAAUGAUACGUCAGCGCUCCAAUCAGUAUAGCGCGUGCUUGAUUGACACUCCCGGUCAGAUUGAGGCGUUCACUUGGAGUGCAAGUGGCUCCAUAAUAACUGAUUCUUUGGCUAGCAGCCAUCCUACUGUUGUCGUGUAUGUGGUGGAUUCCGCGAGAGCAACGAAUCCGACAACUUUCAUGUCAAAUAUGCUCUAUGCCUGUUCUAUUCUGUAUAGGACAAAGUUGCCAUUUAUUGUCGUUUUCAAUAAGGCCGAUAUCGUAUCUCCAGCAUUUGCUCGUAGUUGGAUGCGUGAUUUUGAGCGGUUUGAUCAAGCCUUACAAGAAAAUCGUAGCUCUUACAUGAAUGAUCUCAGUCGUUCCUUGUCCCUGGUCCUAGAUGAAUUCUAUUCAGAUUUGAAGACAGUAGCUGUUUCUUCUGCCACUGGGGAAGGGAUGGAGGAGUUCAUGAAUGUUGUUGGAGAAUGUGUGGAACAAUACAGAAAUGAGUAUGUACCCAUGUAUGAGCGCAUACUAAAGGAGAAAUCGAAAGUAGAUGAACAAGAAAGAAAAAGGAAGACGGAGGAGAUUUCAUCGGAAAUGGAAGUUCUUAGUUUACACCCAACCGUAGAGCCUAUGAUCCAAGAACGAAUUCAUAUAGGAGGUGUGGAAGAAGAAAACACUGAGGAUGCGAGCAUACUCCGUGGCUGUCGAAACGUUUGGUACAUGGGCGAUAAAACCUUUCAUAAGGCUUCGGUCUUACUAGGACAAGCGGAUAUUGCACCGACUAUAGUUGAAGCAGUGCAGUUUCACGGGAUAAGGAUCACAAAAAAUGACGCUUUAGUCAAAGAGGUGUCGGAGCUGUAUCGCAGCGCAACUCUCGAUGAACUCGUUCAUAAUUCACACCUGGCCGCUAAACACUUACAGGAAGUUGGUUUGAUGGAAAAUGCUGUUCCUUUGAUUGACACAACGCCUUCUAAUAAUGGCUAUAUCGUCAAUUUUGUGGUGAAAGAGCCAAAGGCCUUCACCUUAGGCUUGAAGGCUGGCAUCAGCACAAAUGGUGACGCUGACAUGUCACUGAAUGCUGGGAAACAAAGUGUUUGCGGUCGUGGUGAAGCUGUCAACACCAGUUAUACCUACACGGUUAAGGGUGAUCAUAGUUUCAAUAUCGCCUUCUCAAAACCUUUCCUAGGUUGGCAGAAAUAUUCCAAUGUUUCGGCCAGUUUGUUUAGAGCGAUCUCUUAUCUGCCUUGGAAUCACUCUAACUGUGAGGAAAAUGCGAUCAUACUCGGAUAUAAUGGCCAGAUCACCAGGAGGAUCCUUCAUCAGAUUAAGUUCAAUACUAUGUGGCGAACGCUGCGUGCUACUGAAGAUUCAGCAUUUUCUGUUCGUGAGCAUGCCGGUCACACAAUGAAGUUCUCCGUGGAAAAUGCAUUAGCUUUUGAUACCAGAGAUAGGCCAAUUUUAGCUUCCAAGGGAAUAUUGGCGCGAGUAACGCAGGAGUAUGCUGGUCCGUUCGGCGAUUCCUCAUACAUUAGGCAUCAAGUUGAUUUACAGGCAGCCGCUCCACUUCCUUUCGGAUUGAUACUCUCGGCAUCUGCUCAGAUAAAAAAUAUAAGAGGCUUGGGAGAUCGAGAAAUUCAUCUGCUUGACAGGGUGUAUCUCGGUGGGCAGCAGGAUGUGCGUGGAUUUGGUUUGAAUACACUUGGCGUUCGAUCUGAAAGUUCCUGUCUAGGAGGAGGUUCAAGUGCUUGUGGCGUUUUGCACUUAUAUCGCCCGCUGUUCCCACCAGAGAUGCUUUUCGCGCAUGCUUUUGUGUCUGCGGGAAGUGUAGCACCAGUUCGAUCAAGAAAUGUCAUUAGAGAUUUACAAGAUUCGCAGAGAGUUUCCGUUGGAGUAGGAGUUGCGUUCAUCUUCCGAAAUAUUUUUCGGCUCGAAAUUAACUACGUGGCACCUAUCAAGCAUUGUGUAGGAGACACACAAUCGACAGGACUACAUAUUGGUUGUGGCGUAAACUUUCUGUAGUCAAGUUGUUGAAGGAGCUAAUAACACUGCCGCCUGCUGAUUAAGUAGGACAUUCGUACAUAGCUAGGAUUAGAGUUUCGAUUGUUAUUGCAAAGACUAAUGAUUUUGCUCAUUUUGUGAUGUUUCAGAAAAGUUUGUAAAGGCGCUAGCCUCGAUGACCCAUAAAAACAUUAUCUAA